GCUGCGGGCCUCGGGUGGGCCCGCCCAGGUGCUGGGGCCGUGUGGAGAGCUGCCCUCGAUGAAGGGGGCACCAGGGAGUACUGCCGCAGGCCUGGAGGGGGCUGCGGGGCACCGGGAGGCUGUUACCCUACGCCCCUGGUCCUGGCCCCAGGGCUGUGAUGGCAGAGGUUGAGGCGGAGGAGGGGGCGGCAGUGGAGCUCGGAGGGCUGUCCCCCAGCGUCACCGACGAGCUGCUGAUGCUAUACUUCGAGAACCGCCGACGCUCUGGGGGGGGCCCCGUGUUGAGCUGGCAGAGACUCGGCCAUGGGGGCGUUCUCACUUUUCAGGAGCCUGCAGACGCUGCGCGGGUUUUGGCCCAGGAGCACACGCUGCAAGGUGCUCGGCUGAGCCUGCGGACGGCCCCGCCACGCGCCCCUGCACGCCUGCUGCUCCAAGGACUGCCCCCCGGCACCACCCCCCAGCGCCUGGAGCAGCACGUCCAGACCCUGUUGUGUGCCACGGGGCACCCAGAGCAGCCCUGCCGCGCCCUGGCCAGCCCCCGACCGGACCGGGCCCUGGUCCAGCUGCCCAAGCCCCUCUCUGAGGCAGAAGUCCGUGCGCUGGAGGAGCAGGCCAGGACCCUGGGCCUGGAGGGGGCCGAAGUGUCCCUGGCGCGGGUGCCACAGGCCCGAGCUGUGCGUGUGGUGGGCGGCCCGUUGGCAGCCGACCUGCUGCUGCUGGAGCUGUACCUGGAGAACGGGCGCCGCAGUGGGGGAGGCCCCCUGGAUGGCCUGCGCCGCCUGCCCGGGGCUGCGGGCACCGUCGUCUGCUUCCGGCAGUGGCAAGCGGCCGAGCAGGUGCUGCAGCGGGAACACUGGCUGCAGGGCUCAGAGCUGAGCCUCAUUCCCCAUUACGAUGUCCUGGAGCCUGAGGGCCUUGCUGAGGACACAAGCGGAAAGGACCACUCGGCAGAGUUGGGGCCUGGAGCCACUGAGCAUGCUCCCCUGGAAACUGCAGGGCCAGGAAGGGCACAGAAGGGUGCAGGGUCUGCGACCUUGGGCUCUGAGGAGGCACCAGGACAAUUAGAAACCUUCCUCAGGACAAGUCCUAUAGGGUCUUUGGGACAGGCUGGGCCAGUCAGCUCAGGGCCCGUGGGGUCACCAGGGCAGGAGGCGCUGGAGAACCUGGGGCCCGUGGGGUCACCGGGGCGGGAGGGGCUGGAGAGCCUGGGGCCCGUGGGGUCACCAGGGCGGGAGGCGCCGGUGGAGACGGUGCUGUUAAUGGAGCCGGGAGCACUGCGCUUCAUACAGCUCUAUCACGAGGACCUUCUGGCUGGCUUGGGAGACGUUGCCCUCUUCCCACUGGAAGGAUCAGAUGUGACUGGCUUUCGGCUCUGCGGAGCCCUGGGCCCCUGCCGGGCAGCUGAGGAGUUUCUGCAGAGUCUGCUAGGCAGCAUUAGCUGUCACGUGCUGAGUCUGAAGCACCCAGGCAGCGCCAGCUUCCUGCUCGGCCCAGAGGGGCAGCACCUUCUCCAGGGGCUAGAGGCUCAGUUCCAGUGUGUCUUUGGGACAGAGCGUCUGGCCAGGGACACCCUGGACACAGACCCUGAAGAGGCGGACCCCACCGAGGCCCUCCAGGCCCUCCCUGGCCAGUCUCAUGCUCUGUGGCCCCCAGAAAGUACAAGCAGUGACCAGGAGAACCUGAGCCUUGAGGAGGUCCGAGAGCUGCUGGCCACGCUGGAGGGCCUGGAUGGGGAGGACCAGCUGCCCGAGGGGCUGGAGGAGGAAGAGCCUGAGGAGCACCCCGAGGAGGAACCUGCCCCCAGUGCUGGGGCUCCUGGGUGGCUGGAGGAGGCUGAGCUGCAGCUGGCCCUCCACCGGUCACUGGAGCCACAGGGCCGGGAGGCUGAGCGGGAGGAGGCCGCCGCGCUGCGGCGAGGUCUGGCCCUCUCCCUGCUGGAGCCAGUCCAGGCGCCGGCCGAGGAAGGGCUGCUGGCUGGUGGCCCGGCCCAGCUGCUGGUGCACAUGGCCUUUGAGCAGGAUCUGGAGGAGCUGGAUCGGGCUCUAGGGGCCGCCUUGGAGGUUCACCUCCGGGAGGAGACAGUGGGACUGCGGGGCCACACGCUGCCCGCAGAGCUGUGUGCCCGCCUGGGACGGCGCCAUGGCGUGAGUGUUGUCCUUCACAGUGAUGGCGCUGUCCUCCGUGGCUUUGGGGCCCAGCCCACCCGUGCGGCCUGCCACUUAGCGGCACUGCUGGCUGGACCCCAGGAUCAGGGUCUGGCCUUCGUCUUGGAGGCUUCGUGCCCCACCCUGCCACCGCAGAGGCUGGAGGGGCCCGCGGGCAGGCUGGAGUGUCUGGCCGAGAGUGACAGGGAAUUCCAGACGGUGGUGCAGGCCUUUUACGACACCUUGGACGCUGCCCACGGCAGGAUCCACAUCGUCCGGGUGGAGCGCGUGUUGCACCCGCUGCUGCAGCAGCAGUAUGAGCUGCACCGGGAGCGCCUGGAGCAACGCUGUGACCGCCGCCCGGCCGAGCACGUCCUGUACCACGGCACGUCAGCGCAGGCUGUUGCAGACAUCUGCACAUACGGCUUCAACCGCAGCUUCUGCGGCCGCAAUGGCACCCUCUACGGGCAGGGCGUGUACUUCGCCAAGCGCGCCUCCCUGUCUGUGCAAGACCGCUAUUCGCCCCCCAACGCUGACGGCCACAAGGCGGUGUUCGUGGCGCGCGUGCUGACCGGCGACUACGGGCAGGGCCACCGCGGGCUGCGGGCGCCCCCUCUGCGGGCCCCGGGCCACGUGCUCCUGCGUUACGACAGCGCCGUGGACUGCCUCCGCCAGCCCAGCAUCUUCGUCAUCUUUCACGACACCCAGGCGCUGCCCACCCACCUCAUCACGUGCGAGCACAUGCCCUGGGCUCCCCCCUCCUCCAGGAACCCCUCUGGGCCCUUGGGCUACUCCCCGGCCAUCUGACCCUAGAGGUCCCUCUCGACCCUGCCGCUGACCUGCUCCCCAGGCUUCCGCUCCGCACAGCCUUACUGCCCCCUCGGCUGCCCGAGCUGUCCCUGAAGGCACUCCUGCCGCAGUACGGGGACAGGCGGUGCGACGAGGGCUGGGGCCCAGUCCCCGCCUGGACCGGCCAUACCACCAGGGGUCAGUAGAGCCCAGAGGGAGGGAGGAGGACCCGACACUGCCCGAGCGCGAUUCUGUCAUUUGAAUAAACGUGAAACCAGGUGGAGGGA